UCUUAUUUUAUUUUUGCUUAGUUGGUUGUUAUUCACAUUUUGGUCUGGCGAGUUGAAUUUGCAUACAUGUGAAGGUUCUUUGAGCUUAUUAUACUGAUUUAGACAUACCCUUUUAAGAUUAUGCGAAUAUGUAUAUCAUAUUUUUGCUUAUUUUGCUUUCACUGUGUUCCAAACGUGCAAAGGCCAAGUUUUAUUGAGUGGCUUUUAUCUAAGAGUUUUGAAAUAUUGAUUGGACGAUACCCUUUUGAGUUAUUUGAACAGAAACCUCUGAGGUGUUGUCUUCCGUUUCCUGCAGGAGUUUUUUUUUUUUUUUCCUUUUCCAAAAUCUGAUCAAUGAUUUGCUGAAUAUCCUGUUCAUCCCUUGUUUGCAACAUUUCCUCUUGUACUGGGAUUGACUUGGUUCAAUUGUUAGUGGAAUACAACGUUGCAAAGGGAAUAUUUUUCCUUUGUUUGGUGUUCGGGUUAUCUAAAUGAAUGAUCUAAAGAAACAAUUGAAAAUUUUUAAUUGGUGAAGGCCGGUUGGAGAGGAUAGUUCUCAUAUUGAUCUAACACCAUAAUAGCUCAGUCUCAUGACAAAUUGGUCAAGUUAUGGGGUUUUUCAUCAAUUCUAGUGUAUCUUUUACCGCACUGUUUUUGUCAUCUCUUAUGAUUUUAUUCUAGAAUUGUUCAGAGGGCAAGGAUUUUAUUUUUCACUUAAGAAAAAGAGCUUUCAAUUGGAUUUCAUUUUGUUGGAUACAAGGAGGCUUUGUUAUCAUCAAGAAUUCACUCUCAAUGACAAACGGUAAAAAACUACUCUCAACCCCAUAUUCAAAUAAAAAGUGAAAUGGGAAAGGGGUGGUAAUAAGUCAUACAGAAUCAAUGGAUUCAUAGCACCAUCAAUUGCAAUGCCACUUUUUAGGAUUCCUUUUCAAGAUUCAGAAUACCUUUUGAAAGAUAAUGAUUCAGUGUGUUCAUUUGUAAUUGCAAUUGAGUUGUUGAGCUGAUGGAUUCGGCAUUCUUCCAAAGUAAUCAAAUCCAGCAGUUCAAUCUCUCAUCUGUACAUGCAAACCAGUCCACUGGCUUGCAUCUUGCUGGUUCCCCAUAUAAGUCUUCUUUUAAGAACAUGAAUUCCAACUGGGAAUGAUGAUUCAGUGAAACUUCAGCUCAAGGAUAUGGCGCUAGAAUUUUCUUGGCCAAUUAGAAGAAUUAGAGAAGCCUUAUCUAGCUUAGCUGCUCCCUCUUCAACACCCACCUCUUGCUCAAUAGAAUCAGUUAAGUCAAUUUCAGCUUUGGUUGAAGAACAAAAUAUCCCAGAGGCCAAAAUUGCACUCGCUUCUGGAGUGUCAGCUUUUUUAUGGUUAUAUACAUCUAUUCAAGGAUUUAAACCUGCAACUGUAAUUGUUACUUCUGACCUUCCACUGGGUUCAGGCCUAGGAUCAUCUGCUGCAUUUUGUGUUGCCCUCUCAGCUGCUCUACUUGCUUUCUCAGACUCUGUAACUGUGGACACAAAGCUCCAAGGGUGGUCAAUUUUUGGAGAAUCUGACCUUGAAUUAUUAAACAAGUGGGCUUAUGAAGGUGAAAAGAUAAUUCAUGGAAAGCCAUCUGGAAUAGACAACACUGUCAGCACGUAUGGCAACAUGAUCAAGUUCAGGUCUGGUAAUCUCACACGGAUCAAGCCCAGCAUGCCACUCAAAAUGCUUAUCACUAACACAAAAGUUGGGAGGAAUACAAAAGCACUGGUUGCUGGUGUUUCAGAGAGAACCUUACGGCACCCUAAUGCCAUGAGUUUUGUUUUCAAUGCCGUUGAUUCUAUCAGUAAUGAACUGGCUAACAUCAUCCAGUCACCUGCUUCAGAUGACGUGUCCAUAACUCAGAAGGAAGAAAAGCUAGAAGAAUUAAUGGAAAUGAAUCAAGGCUUGCUCCAAUGCAUGGGGGUCAGCCAUGCUUCUAUAGAAACUGUUCUUCGGACAACAUUGAAAUACAAGUUAGCUUCCAAGCUGACUGGAGCAGGAGGUGGGGGAUGUGUGCUGACAUUGUUGCCAUCCUUGCUAUCAAGAACAGUUGUUGAUAAAGUAAUUGCUGAAUUGGAGUCAUGUGGAUUUCAAUGUCUGACAGCUGGAAUAGGUGGGAAUGGCGUUGAGAUUUGCUUUGGUGGUUCAUCUUGAUUAUACCAGGACACCAAUAAGUUUGAGUAAGAUCUUGCACUAGUGUCAAUCUUGGAAUAAUUAGAUCGCAUGGUGUAGGCUUUGGUGGUAAAGCUGAUGUGUUAAGUCUGUAUCAUCUGUAGAUUAUUUUGUUGUUGUUUUCCUUUGUCGUCUGAGUCAGUGUCAGACUUGAUAUCUCUGAAACAUUUAUCUCCAUUCUUUUGAGCAUUCAUGGGAUUACAGUAAUGCGUAGAAAAUCGUGGAUAAUUAUUGCUGUUA